GAGGGAGGAAGAGUGUCAUAGGAUGCAGACAGAUAAUUCACAAGCCUUUUUUGUAGCUAUCAGAGCUACUGUCUUACAAAUAUCGCAGCUAUUCAUUAGGGAGUAUUAAUUGGUAUAGUCAUAAGUGCUACUCUCUAUUUGCUCUGGAAACUGAGAGAGAAGCCAUUUAUAUCUGUUGAAGUAUAAACUUCUGUAACAGUGGGGGGUGUUCUCAAAAUCCCACUUACCACAGGCAGCUGGCCCCAGUUUUUUUCCUGCUUGAACAUAUGUGGAGUACUAUGGUUUACCCAGGGCUCAAACUAGUCUAGCUGUUUAAGGUAAAAAUCAGAAUUGUUUAUUUAGAAGCUAUUUUUGAUAUCACAAAAGUGAUAUCAAAAGGUGUUUCAAAAUGAAAUAAUUUGUGAAGAUGCUUGUCAUGUGGAUAAUUUAGCACUUAGGUUGUUGUGGAGUGUUGAGAUGUGGCUCUGAAAUAGUUGCAUGUUUUACUCAAGUCAAGAAUGCUGCAGGCAAUUGCAAGAACAGGGAGAAUUUCAGUAAGGGGAGAGUGUGUUAAUUAUCCAUGCAAGAUGUUCACACUUGCUGCUGUGUUUCAUAUGUUUUCAUAUCUGCUGAAGCAAAGCAAGAAAAGUGUUGUGCUGGGGCAGUGUGCAUGCAUGACUUAGAGCUGAAUAGAUGUAAAUGGUUAAAAAGGGGUUCUCUGCUAGAGAGGAGGAGGGGAAAGUAAGAGUGCAUUCCCAAAAAAGUACAUUCCCAAAAUAAAAAGCUUACAUCAUGGACCUCUUCAGUUUUCCCACACUUCUUUCCUAAUUAUUGUCCUGCAGGACAGCUGAUCUAUUUCAAACAGGAAGCUGUUUACAGAUAACACUUGCAACUGUUUUGUCUGAUUUGUUGAACUGUCGAAAAGCAAAAGACAACCUCUUUUCAAAUUAAAAACUGUCAGACUUCUGUAAACAGCAGCAAUGAGGUUCAUCUGUGCAGUGUCCCUGCAGGCACAGAGCGUUCUGCAGUUCCCAUUUUCUCAGCAGCCAUAAGGCUGUUUAAUUCUGCUCUCCAGCUUGUCUGUCAAGAAACCUUAUCACCAGUCUGCUGGGUGCUCAUGCUGAAACUGCCUAAUUUCCAGGCUUUCAGCUGUGUAUCUGAACCACUUGGCUUGAAAGCCUCUCUGUCUGAUCUUCUGAAUCCUGAAGUGCCCCUGCUACAAGAAAAAGGAGUCAGUGACCUGUAAGUGCUCAUUAUGAAGAGAGAUCUGGUUUUCUUGGUGACUCUAAUUAGCCUUGCCUUCCUGUCACUACUAAGGUCUGGAUAUCCUCAACACAUUGCAGAGGAGUCCUGCUCUGUUCAGAUUCUUGUUCCAGGCCUCAAAGGGGAGGCUGGAGAAAAGGGGGAGAAAGGUGCUCCAGGUCGUCCAGGCAGAGUUGGACCUCCAGGAGAAAAAGGAGAAAUGGGGGACAAAGGACAGAAAGGCAGCAUAGGACGGCAUGGAAAAAUUGGUCCUAUUGGUUCAAAAGGUGAAAAAGGAGAUAAUGGUGACAUAGGACCACCGGGUCCUAAUGGUGACCCAGGCAUCCCCUGUGAGUGCAGCCAGCUAAGGAAGGCUAUUGGUGAAAUGGAUAUCCAAGUAGCCCAGCUGACAACGGAACUAAAAUUCAUAAAAAAUGCACUGCCCUCCCCCGCAGCUGUUGCUGGUGUGCGUGAGACAGAUAAUAAGAUAUAUCUGCUGGUGAAGGAAGAGAAGAGGUACAAGGAAGCCCAGCUCUACUGCCAUGGAAGAGGAGGGACACUGAGCAUGCCCAAGGAUGAGACUGCCAACAGUCUGAUUGCCUCGUACAUCAACCAAGCCGGGCUCACCAGAGUCUUCAUUGGGAUAAACGACCUAGAGAAAGAGGGAAAUUUUGUCUAUUCCGACCGGUCACCCAUGCAGACCUUCAACAAGUGGCGCAGCGGGGAGCCCAACAAUGCUUACGAUGAGGAGGACUGUGUGGAGAUGGUGGCCUCUGGAGGGUGGAAUGAUGUUGCAUGUCACAUUACCAUGUAUUUUGUGUGUGAAUUUGACAAAGAAAAUGUCUAAGCUUCUCUACUCUUUCUUUAUUUUAAGAAAAGGUUUUAAGCCAAUUUUACAGGUUACUCCAUGUUUAUGAGUUCAAGUGGCAUUUUGCAAGUAUGUGGCACCAAUGUUGUACAGCUGUAAAUACAAUUUAGGUAUUUCAAAUAUCAGUAUUUACCCUUCAGAAGGGAAGAGCAGUAAUAAGACAUAGCUUGUUUUUUUAUUUUUCUGUAGAAAAAUAUAUAUAUUUAGAUAAAAAUGUGGUUUGGGGCUAAAUUUUGCCCUUGCAACAGUUAACAAAUGUGAUUACAUGACUGUAAAGGGAAGGCAGAAUUUGGCCUCUAGUUGUUAGAAUGAUUAGAAUUAGGUUCCUGAUAUUCUUUUAUCUUAGCAAAAUUUGUAGUUAUAAAUGUUAAUUGCUUGUAGUGCUACAGGGAUAUUUCAGCAACAAGACAAAUAUUUUGUAUACUCCAGUUAAUUAGUACAAAUAUUACUGUAGGUUUAUUGGUUGUUAAAACUUUUUUUUUUAAAAACAGCCAAAGCAAGCCAAGAAGUAGGAAGUCCUACCAAUUUUGUAAUGUUUUUUUAUUAAACUGUUCACAGAUGUAUGAUGAGAAAGCAUUUAAGUAAACUGGGUUUUAGUGGUGAAGGAGGACAAAGUCUAGAGAAAGGUGUCCCUGCCCACAGCAGAGGGUUAGAACUAGAUAAACUCUAGGGUCCCUUCCAACCCGAACCAUUCUAUGAUUCUAUGAUAUGAAAGUUCUUAUAAUUUAGUACUUAAAGAGGGUUCCCAUCCAGAUGGUGUUUUGGAGUUGGCUAAAGGUAAAAGUAAGAUUAUGAUUUUCUGCAUUCCUUAGUUGAAAAUGAUUCAGUACAUGAAGUAUUUCAGACCCCAAAUAAUUUCUUAAAGUAAGCACGUUUCACAUUAAGAUGAUCUUGGUGCAUGCUGUUACAAAACAAGCAAAAUACUAGCCCUCCACAAUUUAAGGCAGAUUUCAUAAAUAGAAAAAGAAGCUCAUAGAAACGCUUUAGCUAGCAGUUCCUUUUGGCAGGAAAACAGCUUACAUGUUUACAGAGCUUGUAAGGAUGAUCCCCUGAAAAGAAGAAAAGUUUCCAAAAUUUUCCUGAUCAUGUAUAUAGCAGUAAUAAGUAACUUUGCUCAAAUAAUUUAUGUACCAAAUUUACAAUUGCAUGUGAUGGAAAAUGUGAUGUAUAUUU